CACUACCAAGUGAUUAUCUUUUAGUUUUAAUUAUUUAUUAUUUAUUUGUCUAUUUGUUACGGAUUUAAUUUAUAUUUACUUAUCUAUUUAACCAUCUAUAAAAAUAAUGUAAUUCAAUUGACUAAUGAUCAUUUCUAUAUUAUGAAUGAGGUUAACAUUAUACAUUAUUCAAUAUUUCCAUAACACAAAUUACCUAGGUAUCUAUGGCAUUAAGGUAUUCUGAUGAUGGAAAGCUGAAAUAAAUUUAGAAAAAAAAAGAAAAUUAUUUUUCAUUAAUCAAUAAAAGUAACAACAACAACAACAAAAAAUGCAGAAUGAGAUUACCAUUGAAAUUCGUAGAAUUUUUCCUAAAUGGUUAGCUAAAUUAUUAAUUGGAUUUUAUAUGAUAAUGCCAUCUAUAUUUGAACGUGUAUCACCUAUAUUAUUGAGUACAUUUAUAUAUGGAAAUUUUGAUAAUAUAAUAUCAUUAUUAAUUGAUCAUAUACUUCGGCCAAGUGUGGCACUCGCGGACUAUGAUAUUUCGGAUAGAAGGAAUAAGCUAUCAUAGUCGUUUUACUAACACUCAGUUAUUCAUUAUCCUUCAUUUUAAAGUUAAAUAUUCCACUAUACAUCAUUUCAUUUCACAUAUUCAGACAAGGAUUUUCCAAAAGCCUUCAUAACAACUUUUAUUCAAUGAAACGUAUUGAAUGUGUGUCAGAAGGGAUAAUUUUACUCAUCAAUUUAUUGAUUAGUGGGGAUUAAUAGUUAUAGUGAGAGAAAGUAAAAAAAACCUAGUUUAUGACAUAAAUCAAGACGCUAAAAAUGGAUAUAUGUAAGGCUUGUAUUAUCUUGUUGCUAAAAGUGAAGACUGCAAUUGGUCAGUCGUUUUUCCCGUAUGUACAUCUUGAACAAAUUCCUUCAUAUUGGCACUUAGUUUAAAUUUUUAUAAAAGUCAUUUGACGAAAUCCACACCUUGAAUCCUAUCAUAUGGUAAAUCUUAGAAUAUAUGUGGUUUCAAUGUGAUAUUCAAUUCAAUUUCCAGUAACCGCAUUAGCGCCACGUUGAAAUAAUUCAGUGUUAAUCGUUUAAUAGUACUGUGGUCUAGAUGGAUGUAGUUUCGAAGAAAUUUUUAUUAAGGUUUCGGAUAUUCACGUUUCCCAAUAAACCUAUUCAAAAGUUAGUUUUCUUAUUUGAUAUUGAAAACGUGAUAGAGUAACGCAGAAACGCAUUGAGUUUCUGAAAAUCCACAGGAUCCUUGACCAGUUUAAAACAAUGUUUUCUCUCUAAGACACCAUAUAUUAAAGCUGUGUAAUCGUGUUCCUAAGUAUUUUUUUUUUCGCUGAAAUUUUUUUUUUCAACUUCGCUAUAAUUUAAAUCUGAAUCAAUUCGUCUCUUUUGAUAUGGGCACAACGAACAAAUUUCUUCAUUAUAACCAUUACCAAAUCAUUUUUUUAAUAUGCAACCACUUAGUAAUCAAUGAUAGAAUACAAUGAUAAAGGAGUGAUUAGUGCCUGUAACUAUCAGUUUGAGCGCUAUGUUGAAUCGAGGUUCAUCUGGAGCUGGCAUAUUAGUCUAUAAAAAACUGGAGCUUGUAAAUCAAUAGAAAUAUACAAUAAUCAUUAAUUUCAAAGUUAAUUUUUUUAAAAGCUUUCAAAUAUUUAUUUGGAAGCAGAUAUUUAGCUUCAUAUUGUAGACUGCAUAACCAACUACUUAUAUUUAUGAUCAAGGAUGUGGAGGAAUCAGCUGUGGAGGAAUCCUAAUCAGUUAAUGUAUCACUCUAUUUAACAUCAUUCUUACAUUUAUGAUGACACUAAACUGGAACAUAAUCUAGUCAUUUUCUUAAAUUUUCAUAACUACAUAUUGUGAAUGGUGUUAAAAUUUGAACUCAUUGAAAAAUUAAUUAAUAUGAAAUGCCUUGGAGCUGUAACAUACUACUAACAUUGUAGAAAAAAAUAACGACGAUCUUACAAAAGUUCCUUUGUCAUUAUUAAUUACCUACAUCACGCUAUCCAAAUGACAUUUUAUUGAUAAUCUAGAAUAAUAUUCUGACAUGAAAAAAGUGAUUGAAUAAUAGAUAGGAUGUCUUAUUUAUCUUGGAGAUCAAUAUUGGAUAGUGAGAACACUUCAAAGUAAGACUAUUCAUGUUCUUUUGUGUAGUGUACACGAUUUAAUGACUCAUGAUUAUUCAGGGGAAAUAACAAUUGGAUUGAUAACUACUAAGGGAUCAAUGAAAAUAUCUUAGUACCUUAAGAUUUUAUUCACAAAACGAAAUGGUUAGUUUUAACAUCACUGAUUGUGGUUUGAGGAGAUUAAAGUCAAAGUAUCAGGUGGUUCACUACUUUCUCUAAGAUUAUUGACAUGUUUGUUGUAGAAUAACGACUUGCACAAAAUCGAUGUUCAGGUAGUCAGUCAUAUCAACUAACUCUAACCAAGUAAAAUUAUAACUAAACCAAUAAAUGCUAACUUUUUAUGUCGUAACUUUUCAAUACUCAUAUCAUUUGUCAUCGGAUCUGUUUGUGUUUAAUUUUAAUUAUUAAUAAAAUCUUUUGCCAGAUCUUCUGCAAUGUCUUCACUUCUAUUACUAUUUGCACUAUUCGAGGGUAUGUGUGGUUUUGUUUUACCGAUUUGCUCUGCUUUUCGUGUGACCAGUAUAUCACAAAAACGGUAUUACUAUGAAAAUUUUCUAAUAUUUCAAUAUUGUUUAUCCAUUUUGGCAUUGGCUUAUCUACAAUCAUUAAUAUUCUAUUAUGAUCGUAAAGAGAAUUUACGUCAUAAACAAGAAAUUCUUUUUAUGAAUCAAAUGAAUGAAGCCAGGCGAAUAUGGCAAGAUCAUCAGAGUUCACCGGAAGAAACAGACAAUCAUCUUAUGAAUAAUCAUGAUGAUAUUGAUAAUAAUAAUAAUAAUAUAAAUAAUUAUGGAGAAAAUCAAUGGAAUUUACAAUUACAAAAACGUGAAGAUAAAUUACGUUUGGUCACAUUUAUUCAUGAUGCACAUGAAUUAUCUACUGAUGUUUAUAGUGAUUCAACACCAGUCCAUGUGGAUUCCACAGAUAUGAAGUAUUUGGAAGAUCAAACAUGUUUGAUUGAUCAACAUGAUGAUAAUAUUAGUUCAAAUGAAGAGGAAGAAAAUCCAUCUGGAGAAAACGAUAAAUUAUCAAACAAUAAGUCAAAUCAAAAUGAACAAAAAUCUUCGACUUUGAAUGUUACAUUUGCUAACCCUGUCACACCUAUGACUAAACAGAAUGACAAUGUUGAUAACAAUGGGAAUAUUCAUAAUAAUAUUAAUGAUAUUAAAAGCCAUAAUAAUAUUGAAGGAGAAGAAGGGGAAGGGAAGAAAAUUAUUAUUGAUCAUAGUAAUCAUAAUAAUAAUGAAAUUAAAACAAAUAAUAGUAAUCGACGGAAUGAAAUGAAACUACAACUUAGUGGAAUAAACAUUUGCAAUGAUAUUAAUAAUUCCAGUAACCACGAUCGCAAUCAUACCAUUGAUCAUCACAAUAAUCAUAGUAAUACUAAUAAUAAUGAUAAUAAUAAUAAUAGUAACAACAGUAACAAUACUGAUAAGAGUGAUUUACAGAUUAUGAAAGCAGAUGAUGUUUACUUUACGUUCAACAACGUUAAACCAUGCAACAGUUUCAAUCAUCAUGUCUCUAGAAUAAAGGCUAGUAGUGAUCUUAUUCAAAACGGAUAUAACUCGACAAGAAGGCCAAAUAACAAAAAUAAAUGUUUGGCUAUAAAAACAAAAAAUGUGAACACAUCUAAAUCAAAGAAAAAGCGAAUGACAUCAUGUUGCGGUGAACGAUCAGGUAGUCAAACACAAUCUGGGUCAUUUUAUCCGCUGGCAAUUCUUUUUGGCGAUAAACCAAGAGUAUCUAGACGUGAAUGCUAUUUUUCACGAGAUACAGAAGGCGUUAAUUUGUAUUUGCGUUUAGGAGCUGUGGGUUUCGGUUUCGGAGUAAUGAUAUUUGAUGGCUUUAAAAUAGCAGAACCAUGGGAAGAAGUAGCUAAUUCUGUGGUUUCUUGUCAUGGGCAUUUAUGGAUUCCCUUACAUUUACUUCAUUUUGUCUACGUGUUUUGGCAAACAUACUUCUUGUUUAAACAUCAUCGGGUUGUAUUCAAUGUACAAAAAUUUGUUUUGCGUUUCCUUUUAUGUCAUUUGGCUGUGGCUAAUUUAUGUCAAUGGUUGAAAACAAUUGUCGAUGAAAUAGGCAGUGAACCUGGACAUGAAGAGGAGUUAAUACCCGAUUCAGCCAUAGUUUUUCCAUCGGAAUAUUUUUUAGAUGCAAAAACACCGCUAAAUAGUACAACUUUGCAUAAAUAUACAAAUGGAACAAUGUCACCAACUUUUAAUCUGACUAAUUUGGCAAAUAUGGUUUUAUUAAAUAGAAAAAAGCAUAAUGCUAAUUCAAAACCUCACAAUGCAAAUUAUGAUAAUUCAACUGUUCAUGCAGCUGAACAAGCAGUGUUAGGUUGUGGAAUAACAGUCAAAUAUUUGGCUCCAUAUUUGUUUCCAUGUGCUAUUGAAUAUAGCUUAAUAGCUGGUGCAAUAUUUUAUAAAAUGUUUGAAAAAGUUGGACAUGUACGCAAAGAAUCGGAACGCUUGGAAAAAUUACGUAAAGCUAAUCCAAAAACUAGUCAAUUCUCUGAAUGUCAUCGUUCACAUAAAGGUUUAUUUGUUGGCCUAUUAUUAUUUAUGGCAACAUUAGUUGCAAUGAGUCUAUUUUUUAUAUUUAUUGUGAAACGUGAUCGACGGAAUACAGCUAUAACAUUAUAUCAAGGAACUGAACUAGUUCUAUUAUCUGUUAGUACAGUGACAUGUUUAAUUAGUUUGUUUCGUUUACAAGCAUUGAAAUUAAGUGAUCUGUCAGAAGAAGUAGCGUUUGAUGACAAUUUAUUAUUGAUUGGUUUGGUUGGAAUGUUAUUCUAUGAUUUAUUCCUAUUAGUGCCCGCUUUAGAAGCCAUACCAAAUGGUGUAAUUGCAGCAAAGUUAUAUGCGGCUAAGGCUAUCAUGGAAAUGAUUCAGUCUAUGCUACAAGUAUUUUUCAUUUUGGAAGCAUCACGAAGAUGCGCUGGAACAUUGGAACAUGUACAAAAAAAACCAGGACGUACAAUGAUUACAUUUUUAUUAGUAUUAAAUUUAGCCAUGUGGUUUGUUAAUACAUUCGAAGUGAAACAUGCUGAUAAUCAUAGUAUACAUAUAAAUUAUUAUUCAUCUAUGGCAUGGAAAAUUAUCACACAUAUUGCAUUACCUUUAAUUGUAUUUUUUCGUUUUCAUUCUACAGUUUGUUUAUCUGAUAUUUGGGCAAAUGCUUAUCGUUUUAGAACCGAAUAAAUGAGAUUGUUUAAUGUCUCCUUCGUUUUGAAUAGUUACUUGGAUUUCCUUCCAUCAAUCAGUUUUUUUCUUUUCAAUGUGAUACAAUGUUGAGUAGAGCACUUACUUUUAAAUUGAUUAGGAUAUUACUGAAUUUUUUGUUGAUAAGAAAUGAGAUGAAGUGUAGUCUUUUGUAAAAAAAAAAUAAUAUUCUUUAUGUUAAACAGAUGUAUUGAUAUCCGUGAAAAUGAUGUUCCUUUUCUUUGCAAUACCGUGUUCUCAAUUAUUUUCUUUAUUAUUCCAUAUAAUUUGGGAUAUAUCUAUAUAUCUGAGUGUCACUGAAAGACACAUCCACGAUGAUACUGUGUAUAUUAAAUCUUUUAUUAUAUAUGUAUAUGUGUGUGUGUGAAAUAUAUUUUGUAAAUUUUUUAAUGAUAUUAUUUUCAGUUUAUUUAUUAGUUACUGAGACUAAUUCACUUUAAAGUACUUGACAUUCAAGGAUAUAUAGCACAUUUUUUGAAUAGUUCAAUCAUUCAAUCAAUUUUUAAUAAUGAUAUGGAUCAUGAAAGACAUAUGGCAAUCAUGUAGAAUUAAAUUAUUCAAAGGAUCCCAUUAGUUUUUUUAAAAAAUUUGUUAUGAAGUCUUAAAAGUACAAUUCAAUACACUAUAUGAUAUUAAUAAGUGUAAAUGAUUUAAAGAUAAUAUUUCUGAAAUGAAUUUGAUUAGUAAUAUAAAAAGGAAAGCAAAAAAUACCACACUCAUAAUUAGAACAAAAUACUCUUGUCAAAAAUCUCUUGGUUUUCAAUCAUAAUUCAGUUGAUAGUAUGGUGUGAAUUACUUAUAUCCACAUAAGUAGUAUAU